UGACUAGGGGGUAGUUAUUACGUCAUGCAUGGCCAUUUACUGCCGUCCAUGUUAUGGGAAAGUUUAGAGUUAACAGGAAAACCGACGUUUCGGCAAAUUGAGGCGAUGCCUUUAAACCGCUUGGACUGUAAAAUAUGCGGCACCGGCAUUACUUCUUAGUAGUUAAGCCUGGGAGAAACGUGCUCAGUUAGCCAGCUUGGUACCGCAAAGUGUGCUUCUUACUUGCAGUUAUCCAGAGGCUUUGGCUAUUUAUUAGCCACUUGUCUGUCAGGGUUUUUUUGUUUUUUUUUUUCUUUCUGCGAUGUUGCUGUACGGGUCAGUAGAUUUAAGCGAUCUGAGUGUACAUGAUGUUCUUUAAAGAUGACGACUUUCACAACUGCGAAUAACCACCAGGUCAGCGACACUCAAAGAAAAUUCAUAGUAACUUUUUCUUAACGCUACUCUUUUCUCGGCGAGCAGAAGGACUGUCUCGCAUGAACCACCGCGGGACCAGGUUUAGGCGCUGCCAAUUCGAAGAUUCAGGAUGAGAAAACCCAAGGUGUGUCGGAUGAUUCUGGCGACAUGUGUGGGUUCUUUCAUCGUAGUCGUGUUUUACUUUCAGACCAGCUUAAAACCAGCUGCGGAGCAGGGUAGUGGGCAGGCGGACUGGCAGGGGAAGUCUGGGAGAAGCCCACUGCAGACGCUCUAUGAGGGUGACCAGCUGGACCCGUCGGCCGCACAGGUGACGCAUCAGGGCCGGAGGCAGAUUCUGGAGGACGCCUGCCGCACCUACACCAGGAAGAGGCGGGUUCUGAUACCGGAGGACCUCAAGCACUUAAUCGUGGACGACCAACACAGGCUCCUCUACUGCUAUGUGCCCAAGGUGGCCUGCACCAACUGGAAGCGCGUGCUGAUGGUGCUGACGGGCGACGGGCGCUACCGCGACCCCCUCAAGAUCCCAGCCAACGAGGCCCACGUGGCGGGCAACCUGCGCACGCUGUCCGAGUACUCGACGGCCGAGAUCAACCACCGCCUGCGCACCUACCUGAAGUUCGUCUUCGUGCGGGAGCCGUUCGAGCGCCUGGUCUCGGCCUACCGCAACAAGUUCACCCGCAGCUACAACACGGCCUUCCACAAGCGCUACGGCACCAAGAUCAUCCGCAAGCACCGGCCCAACCCACGGCCCGAGGCCCUGGACCGGGGCAACGACGUCUCGUUCGAGGAGUUUGUGUACUACCUGGUGGACCCGCACACCCAGCGCGAGGAGCCCUUCAACGAGCACUGGGAGCGGGUGCACUCGCUCUGCCACCCCUGCCUCAUCCACUACGACGUGGUGGGCAAGUACGAGACGCUGGAUCAGGACUCGCGCUACGUGCUGCAGCUGGCCGGCGCCGAGGCCGAGGUGCGCUUCCCCACCUCGGCCAAGAGCGCGCGGACUACGGGCGACAUGGCGGCCCAGUUCUUCCACAACAUCAGCCCCUUCUAUCAGAAGAAACUGUACAACCUCUACAAGAUGGACUUCCUGCUCUUCAAUUACUCCACGCCCGAUUACCUAAAGUUCAGAUGAGGCUGGCCUCUGGUUUUUUGGUAGGCUGGCUCUGGCAAAAGUUUUGGAUAAAGUUCUUCGAAUGUUUUCUCUCUCCUUUCAGUUGGAUGGAACUUGCUUGGAGGACGUGGCUUUGCGAAACGCCUGCUGAAAUAGGCUUUGAUUGGAUAGUGACAAUGAGAGAUUAGAAGCGGGGAUGUUCUUUGAAGCUCCGCCUAUUGCCUUCAUGUGUAAAAUGUGCGCAAGCAGUUUGCUUCUUAAGGUGGGCAAAACUGCUAGUGUGUCAAAGGCAGGACUUGUGAGCAAACCAAGCCUGUGUUUGUAAUUACAGUGGGCUGCUCCCUCGCACAUCUCCAGGUGGAUUCCCCACCCCUGCUUCCUCUCCAGGGCCUCCAGGACAUGUAGGUUUUAAUAAAUGGAAUGCUGCCUUUUUGGGAGAGUGACAGUUAAAGCGCCUUUGCCUUUUCACAGUGUUCCGAUGUCAUAUUUAUGGUUUUGUCUUUCUAUUUAUUGUGAACUAGUACUGUGAGAUUGUUAGAUUUGAAUUUGCAGGAGGCCAGAACUCAAGCAAACCAUAUCCAGAUUUCAGUCGGUCUUUGUCAGUCUCUUGGAACAACGGUUUCAUAAAAAUUAGCACACUCAUUCAUAACUUGAUUUCAUUAAGCAAAAUUGUGAGUGCUUACAGUGGGUAUAUAGGCCUAGAUAUGCCCUUUAGUGGCCAUUUACAUGGUGUGUGCUUGGACAGCUGAAUAGUUUACUUGGAGAUAAUUUUUUUAGGUAUUGACUUUCUCUAUGAAAGUGUGCAUGCCAAACCCAUGAUGAAUGGUGCUUGCAAGAUAAAACUGCAGACAAUGAUCAGCAGAAAAGGUCUAGGUGCCUUUUUAAUGAGAAUACUCACAAAGAGAAAAUUGCUGGGUACACUAUCUGAGUGGCAAUGUCAUGGGAGUCUUGUUGGCUGUAGAUGACUGGGUGAGUUAAGUCUUGCUGACCCUUUCCAGUGUGCUAUCCACAGUAACUACAUUGUUGGCUUCUGCACAUCUUCUCCUACCUUACGAAUAUUCAUGAAGAAGUGUGCUGUGUGUGUUUAUAUAUAUAUUAUGAGGGGCCAAACAGGAAAUAUAUAAAUAUAAAGCUGAAUAUAUAAAUGUAACUCUGAAUAUAUAAAUUCACUUCCCAUUCUGAAUAUAUAAAUUAAAUUGCCAAAUAUAUAAAUGUAAUUCUGAAUAUAUAAAUACAAUUCCUUAAUAUAUAAAUUUAACUCUGAAUGUAUUCAGGAAUUGUAUUUAUAUAUUUGUGUAUAUUCAGAUUUAUAUUUAUAUAUUGAGGCUUAUAUUUAUAUAUUCAGACUUACAUUUAUAUAUGUGGGCUUAUAUUUAUAUAUUCAGGAAUUAUAUUGAUAGCAGCUUUAUAUUUAUAUAUUUCCUGUUUGGCCCCUCAUAAUAUAUAUAUAUAUUCCCAUUUAGCAUUCACACGUUUAAUGCCAGAAUUCUGUGUUUCAGGGUACAUUCCUCUUAGUAAAAAUGUGUAUGUACAUUUGAUCAGGAAGCUAAUUAUUGCCCAUUACUGUCCUUGACCUUUUUGAAAUGCCUCAGCUUCAAGAGGAAAGAAACUAGGCUAUGUGUUCCAUUUGGUUGGUUAAUGAAUCUGUGGCGUUAUAUAGAGUGUCAUGGUAUACAGAUCUGUUUAUUGUAAAGAUGCUACCAAAGAGUGUCGCUUCUGGCCAAACAAAUUCUUAGAAAAGUUUAAGCAGGUGCAGCAGGCUUUCUGUGUGAAAAAUGAAUGUGGCAGUGUUAAGUCAGCUGUGUUAACGGACCCAGAUGGGUUCAGUGCUGGUGGCCAUGUUUCUCAUCUCUCAGGUGCUCACUCAUCAUUCCCAAGUGCAUUGUGGGUGAGCAGGGCUACCACAUGUAUGGUGUUAAGGUAUUGCGUUUCUCUAUUCAAUAUUUAUGUGAGAAUGUUUUUGCUAAAUCUGUAUGGUUAUUCAGAUGAUCAAACUGUACAAAGACCAAUGAAAAUACAUACGAACAAAAUUGUACAAUUGAAAAUUAAGUGAGUUAACCGCAGUCAAAGCACCCAAAACGAAUUUGUUGUUUGUUAUUGAUCUUGCAGGAGCACCACGCACUAUGGAGCCCUCAGUCGAUACAGCAGAAAUCACAUGUUUAUGAACCACAAAACUGUGAAUUUAAUAUCGGUGUGCACUAAAUUAUACAGCCAGUAGCUGUUGAACAUACAAGAUGAAAUGUAAUAAAUCAGCGUUGAAUUGAUUUUUACCCUUUGUUUUCUGCUGAUGAUUAAGCUGUUCAGUCAUGUGUACUGUGUUACUGUUGCUAAUAAGUUCACUGGAAACAUGGAUGUUUGAGUGAUUUAAUGGAUAUCUGGGCACCAUUUUCCCCAAUAAAACAAACUCACAGGACCUGUGAGCUGUCUUGAA